AAGGUCUUAUGGUCUCGUUUUACCACCAUUCGCUGCAAGUCUCUCGAGAUCAAAACACGACCCAAAAAUCCAACCAUGAAGUUCCUGAUUGUCUUCGUCGCCCUCUUCGCCCUGGCUGUGGCUGAGGAAGCUCAGAUCCUGCGUUUGGACUCUGAUGUCGGACCCGAGAGCUUCCAGUACGGAUUUGAGACCAGCGAUGGUGUCAAGGCUGAAUCUCAGGGACAACUGAAUAACAUUGGAUCCGAGCAUGAGUCCCUCGCCGUCCGAGGCUCUUACUCCUUCGUGGGUGAUGAUGGUCAGACCUACACCGUGACCUACACCGCCGAUGAGAACGGAUUCCAGCCCCAGGGUGCUCAUCUGCCCGUUGCCCCCCAGGCCUAAGU